CUUAGCUAGAUACGCAAAUCACGGAAAUGGCGGAAAAUACAUUACCAAAACAUCGCAACAUGAUUAGUCUACAUCUUUAACUACUUAAAAUUUGACACCAUGUUGAAUAUACAAGGGCCCAAGUAAUACUGUGCAGUUUUUAAAUCAAUACGGGUGUAACUAAUAACAAGCGCGAUUAAGAUUUAUCUACGAUGUUGCUUCAGUUUGCAUUGUUUGCUGCAACGCUAUACCUUUACACUAAUGCUGAACCAAACGAUGUUCGGGAUCCAAAUGUAAUCAAUGCUAGGUACAUUGUGACAAGAGGUGAACUAAAUGAAUUACUCGCGCAGCUGAGAAAAGAAAUGACUGCUAAAUGCAUGGAACAAAAAUGUGAAAAGGGUGAUCGCGGAUACCCUGGCAUUCAAGGACUUUCAGGAUUGAAGGGUGAUAGGGGUUUGCCCGGUCUGGACGGUGCACCCGGCGUUCCUGGAGCCAAGGGACAAUGGGCGAGGGGUCCACCAGGUGACGGAGGAUUGAAAGGUGAAUCAGGAGCACCAGGACUUCCCGGUGGAAUGAAAGGCGAACCCGGUUUUCCGGGGUCAAAAGGUGAUGUCGGUCGAACCAGUAAUUAUAAACGUGGUCGAAGAGGAAGAAAAGGAGCAAAAGGUGAAAGUGGCGAUUACAACUUGCGAACACAGUGCUCAAAAGGCGAACGCGGAUUCGAUGGAGUGCAAGGAAUUAAAGGAUCAAAGGGCGAUGUGGGCCCAGCUGGAAUUGAUGGUCUUCCGGGAUAUUUUGAUUUCAAAGGGUCAAAGGGUGAUCCGGGAAGUCCAGGUCUACCCGCGGCAUGCAGACAAUGAUAGUAUUUUAGUAGUGCUAAAUACUUCACCUACAUGUAAUUAAGCUUACGAUAGCCCCCGAACACACAUUGCGUGACUGUAUAUAAACUUAUUCUAGAUUCAAUAGACACAUAUACGCAUUCUUCAUAUUCUCCAGCAUAACAACAAGGCCUUUUGACAGAUGACUGGUAUUUGAUCAGAAAGAUACAUUAUUUCACGAUCCAAAUAUAACGAAACGGCUUUCACUUGUUUGAGACCCGAACGAGAUCCACGCAUAAGAAGAUUUUACGGCGUGACAUUCAAACGAGACUUCUUUGCAGAGAAGAAAUGGACAUUGCUAAAUAUUGUGAUCUUUUAAAGAUAUUUAGCCAUGAAAAGAUUAUUUCUAGGUUUACAAUAACCAAUUCAGUGCCAAAUUAUACUUUGGGGAAUAUUUAAGGGCUGAAAUAGUGGUCAUUAGGUGAAGCGCAAUGACUGCAGUUAUGCUACAAAAUGAAAUGCGUAAACAUUUCUGUUUUAAGUGGAAAUGAUAUUUUGAUAUUUGAAAUUAGUGUGUCACAGAACGCAAUUGACGCAAUUGACAUGUUAGACUGUAAAAUUCGAAUCACCAAACAAAGUUGGAAGAAGCUUUGUUUUCACGGAAAUUUCGGCAGCACAAACGCAGAGAACGUUUUUAGAUUAAUUAUGUACAAUGGUCUCACUGUUUAGAUCUAGUAACAGAUGAGCAUUCUCUUCAGCGCUUCUUCAUGUUUGGAAGUGUUUGAAAAUUUCCACGAAUAAAAUAUACUAAAAAUCUA